CGACCUGUUACUCUUUCAAAAAAAACCUUUUGCUUAUCGAGAACGCUGGCGCGUUUUUUUUAUAUAAAAUAAAUGAGCGACCAAAAUAAUCAAAGUCCAAUUAAUCCUGCUAACAUAGCAAAUCGUAAAAUUGCUCAACCACGUCGACGGUUACAACGCACCGCAUCCGAAGACACCGCCAAUCACAGCAACCCAAUGGCUGGAUUUUCGUUUGGCAACACUGCGGGAACAACCCCCCAACAACCCUCUGCGUUUGGCAUGAGCACUGGUGGUUCUCCGUUUGGCGCGCAACCACAACAACAACAACCAACAACGCCGACUUUGGGACGCUCUUUUUCCGCUGCCAGCUCUUUCCAGUUCAAUAUGCCUCAACAGCAACAGCAGCAACUAACACAGCAAACUGGAACACCUCCUCCGGCUGGUGGGAGUCCAUUGCUAGCAUCCACAGGCGGAUUCGGUAGUGGCAGUAGCACCAGUGGUAGUAGCAACAGUGGAUCUUUCACGUUCGGAUCAGGUGCAACAAGCAUUCCUUCGCCGCAAGUUGCGUUUUCCUUUGGCGGAUCACCUGCAUCAGCAGCAAAUCCCACGAGCACUGCAGGAACACAACCAUCCUUUUCAUUUGGCACAGCUGCUGCUUCGCCUGCACCACAACAGCAACCAGCAUUUGGAUUUGGAACUGCCUCCAGUGCUGCUUCCACCACUACAUCCCAACCUGCUUUUGGUUUUGGUACUUCUACGCCCGCGGCUCAAUCUGCUUUUGGAUCGUCAUCAACGCAACAGCAAUCCAAUGCUAUGGAAGAUGAAUCCAUGGACAAAGGUAAUAGAUUUGCUUCGGGAAAUUAUUCUAUUUAAAAAAAAGUUCACGCUUUUUUUAAUUCUCUGUCUUGUAUG